UUUCCAAGAAAUCCUCCCAUUCUUUGAGAUCACUUCAAUUUGAGAGGAAGCAGAAAAAGACGUCCACCACCAAGUAAAGUACCAGUCCCAAAGCGAUGAAAUAGUCGAGGGUGCACUAAAAACCAGUUCUAGCAAUAAGAGUUUUCGCAGCAUUUAUACAUAUCGCAGCACUACAUAUAUAUUAGAUUUGCAUUGUUUUUAUCAAUGUCACUAGUUUAGGAAGCUUUUGCGUGGAAAAGUUGAUGCAGGAGAUCAAUUAAAUCAUAAUUAUUAUCGUUGCACGCAGGAACUUCGUUAUUUGGAAUUUUUUCUCAUAGUGUCCCUGAAAGUGCUGGUAGGUUAGUAUAAACUGGACAAAAAGCAAGCAAUAUUAUAACAGCUUAAGUGUUGGACGCCACGCAAUCUGAAAAGCUUAAUUGUUACAUGCACAGCGUCACUCUGCAUACGUUGAAAUUUGAGUUGGGGAAACAAAAAUAUAUUUCAGCGUCUUCCAGUUUUAGCCUCACCAGCUAAUAAAGUAAUUCAGCGUCCAAGAUAAUAAAUAUGUCUCUGCCAACGGAAGAAGAAAAGGACGCGAUCAAAGUGUUCCGUGAGAACUUGAAGGAUGCCUUGACGGAGGAUGAGCUGGGCGACGAUUUUUUCCUUCUGAGAUGGCUUCGAGCACGAGACCUGGACUUGGUCAAAUCGGAACAAAUGCUCCGCACGGCUAUAUCCUGGAGAAUAGAGAACAAUGUGGAUGACGUGUUGAACAAGAAGAUUGACCCCUUCUUCCCAGAAAAUUAUCCGCGGUGGAUUGGAGGUGUGGAUAAAGAGGGCAGACCAAUAUACUGCGCGGGCGUGGGACAAUGGGAUCUGAGGACUGUAGUUCGCAAAGGAGAGUCGAAGGGCUUCCAAGAGUACACCACCCACGGGUUCGAAAGUAUGAUGCAACUCCUGAAGGAGGCCAACGACGUGCGUGAAAGCCCUGCUGAGGAUACCACCGCACCCCCAAUCACGCAAAUCAUCGCCAUUUUCGACUUUGCUGGCUUUGCCUGGUCGCAACUACUCAACUACAAAGCGGUUGGGGAGCUGCUUCAAUUGGGGUCGAUUUACGAGGCGUACUAUCCUGAAAUCCUUCACUCCUGCUAUUUCAUUAACUGCCCCUCCCUCAUUUCCAAAAUUUUCAUCCUUCUUAAGCCCAUCCUCGCCCCCAAAACUAUGGCAAAAAUCAAAUGCUUUGGAAACUCCAAGGAUGAGUGGAGGGCGGAAUUUCUGACCGUCAUCGACGAGGAUCAACUUGUCCCUGAAAUAGGAGGGACCAGGGGGCUUAUCUGCAAUAAUAGUAUGUAAAUAUAUAAUUUGUUAUAUUACAACCAUAUUUAUCUUGGCUGGAUUAAAACUACCGAAUUGUGAAUGUAUGGAUAAAUAAACCUUAUUUAUAAAUAGCAUAACGAAGUGACGCAAAGUUAUCGUUUUAUCCGUCUGUAAGCAGGAUAUCUCAAGAACUUCUCAAUAUAAUUAACGCCAUUUUCGCCAUUGUCUUGUGCUAAUAAGUUUUAGUUUCCGGUCGAAUUCGAUAAUGGGGUCAAUCGGACCACCCCCAUAGCGUUGGGGGGUGGUCCAAAAUUAAAUUAACCUUCAUUUUCGUAUCAGAUGUCACCAGGAAUUCAACGCCGUCAAUAUUUUUGACCUCUAACCAGCCCAUGGCCGUGUAAACAACGUCAAAGGUCAUAAAAUGUGGAAACGUCAAAAAUAUAAAAUUCAUCUCAAUGUACUCCGUUUCCGCUCUUUAAUUAUAUUUGUUGGUGGAGUUUACUUGUGUAAUAAAGCACGAUUGUUUAUUUUAAUAAAAUAUUUGAGACAGGCA